AAACGGUGUUUGGGAGCUUCCUCCUCCCGAAGGAGAGGAGCGACUUUCUCCUGACCGUCUUGAGCAACAUGGUGCACCCCAGGGUCUCUGACGCCCAGACGGUUGCCAACGUGCUGGAGGUGGUCUUGAGACACUCGUGCUCGGAGCUGGUGGAGGUGGAAGAGAUCACGCAGACCAUCCACGUGCAGCUGGCGCACCUCAGCCGGAAGCCGCUCCAGGACAUCCUGAGGACGACCCUCGUCCAGGUGGCCCACCUGAACCCUCGGAAGGUGACCGCCGGCCUGCUGCGGGCUUCCCCGCACUGUGACAGCACUGCCAGGGCCAUGUGGAGGAUCCUGGCCUCUGAGCCCUGCCUGGCGGACAGCGUGCUGAGGAGGCUGCUGCUGCAGCAGGAAGACGCCAGCCAGCGCGGCGACACGGGAGAAUGCAGCCGCUGCCGUUUCCUGGCUGUAGCUGGUGCCAUGCACGAGAUCUUCGUGGUGCCCUCCAGCCGAGACUGCGUGCGCGUACUUGUCGACGAGCUCUUCGUGGCCGUGGUCCUCCAGCUCUCCUUCAGCUUGAAGAGCCCGGGGCGGGGCUGCUGCACCGCUGGCAGCCGGAGCAGGAGCACGGUGAGCACCAUGCAAGCCCUGUUCCACUGCCUGGGCGGCGCCUCCCUGGCCGAAGACAUCGGGAGGCAGGGCGCCUGGGACGCGCUCAUGAGCCCCGAGACCUACCCCACCGGUAUCGCCGCGCUGACGAGGGUGCUGCGGCGUGAAGCGCCGGCCUGCUGCGCCUCCCUGUCCGCACAGGCGCUCCGAGGUCUCCGGGCCUGCCAGGACAUGGGCACCAUGGCCGUCUUCGUCGAGCUCCUGGACGACGACGACUUUGGGCGCGUCGACGGCGACACCCUGCACGUCCUCCGGUUCCACCUGCGGAGCGAGAGCUUGGCGCUGCGCAGGAUGGCAGUCACGAGCCUCGCCACGCUGUCUGGCAGACCCGAGAAGGCGGCGACUCUGCGAGGCCUGCUGCCAGAGGUCACGCAGCGACUGCGGACGACGACUGCGGAGUCCAGCUCCGUGCGCGAGCACUCCAUCCUCCUCUGCAGAGAUGCGGUGGAUGUCGCAGUCGGCACCCACGCGAAGCAGGGGAAGAAGGAGGUGCGGAGGAGCCUGAUGCCCCUGUUCUUCCACCUGCACGACGAGGACCACAGCGUAGCUCAGGCCUCUCGGGAAGCCCUCCUUGGAGCUGCCAAGCUCCUGAAGCGGAGGCAGCUCCGGAAGCUGCUGGAGACGGAGCAGACCUGGAGGGUUGCUGAGCACCUGCCCAGCACCAGCCCGCUGCUGGCUGGACGUCGUGGGUGUCCGGGCACGGGAAGGUAG